GUUACGCGUAACAUUAAUGCUUGUAGCACCUAGGGUGUCGUUGACACAAGUGCAACCUUAAGAAUGGGAACUUUUGCAGACGCUGCCGUGUAGUUGCCGCUUCCUAAUUCUGUUAUGCGAAGAUAUGGCAUCCGGGACUAGCUUACACUGGUAUGGCACGGAAAGGACCUUGGCAACAUGGCUUUCAGGAGCUUCAGGGCCCACAAGGCUGGGUUGGGGACUAUAAAGAUGAUGUGGCUGUCAGUACUGGUUGCCAUUAUGGCCUUCAGCACCUCAGCUGAGCUCCAGGCCGGUCCAGCCGCGAGCAUUCUUCGGUUCACACCCGAAGCACUGGCUUGCGUCAAACGCAGUGUUGAACGCGUCAACUGCUCGACGCUGAGUGGCGUGUACGCCGCUGGCGACAUCGCUACGGGCGCGGUGUCCAAUUGUGCGCUGCCGCUGGUGGAGCCGAAUCGGACACGCAAGGCCGUGACGCUGCUACAGCCCAGCAAUGCGGUCACCAACGUCACUGUCAUCCCGCUGGUGUCAGCCAUCAGCAACAUGAUGGGCUACCCGCUCAAAGUGGAUGUGGUAGACUCACGGCUGUGGACGCGGGAGCCGCUGCGCGAGUUUGAGGAGGAGGGGCCAAACGGGCUGCGCGACGCCUGGUUCCUGGAUCCAGUGCUGACAGCCGACAUGGCGGACGAGCCGGUGGGCGGGCUGCUGGACAUGAGCGAGCUGGUGCUGCAGGACCAGAACCUCAACUGGAACGGCUUUGGCACGUUCUUCCGCGCCUUCGCCUCCGUGUACGACGGCAAGGUUGUGGGCCUGCGCGACAUCUUUGCCCAGCACAACAUAAGCGUGCCCGCCACCUGGGAGGAGGUGCUGGAGGUGGCUGAGCGCUGGAACGGUACCGACGUUGACGGCAGCGGCCGGGGCAAGUGGGGCUUCUGCAUGCCGCGGCAGCCGGGAUGCUACAACGGCUACACGUUCCAAGCCAUCCAGGUGCCGCACCUGCAGGCCCAGGGCUCCAGCGAGGGAUUCCACUUCGACCACGCCAACAUGCGGCCACUCGUGGACAGCAAGGCGACCCAGUACGCGGCCGGUCUGUACCGGCGCCUGGCCCGCUACACCGCCCCCACGGAGCAGGUGGGCUGCCUGCCGGUGUCGCUGUCCUUCGUCACCGGCGACUGCCUCAUGGCUGUGGGCAGCACACUGCACUUCAAGUACGCCAUGUUCCACAACGGCACGGUGGUGCGCGGCCGCACCGGCACCGCCGUCCUGCCCGGCAGCCAGUCAGUGUUGGAUCGGGGCACGGGGCGGAUGGCGCCGUGCAGCCAGGACACGUGCCCCCACGGCCGGCAGCACACGCUGGCGAACGGCUCCCAGCUGUGGAUCAACACCUCGCCCUACGCCGGCCGCGGCGCCUUCACCUACGCCAUCAACGCCCGCUCCCCGCCCGAGCAGCAGCUGGCAGCCUACCGCAUCUGCGCGCGCCGCGCCUACGCCGACUACAUGUGGCCGUCCGUGCUCAACCCCACUGCUGAGACGACGCCGGUCCGCAAGGAGAUGAUGGACCCAGCCAACCUGUACCGCUACACCUCCAGCCGCCCGCCCUACGAGGGAAACGAUACGCUGCUAUUCCUCAAGGCGGUGCGCGACACAGUGGAGCACGUCAACAUAGCGCUUAACCUGAGGAUCAGCGGAGCCAUCGAUUACUAUCUGGCUGUGGACGCGGCCGCUGUGGCGCUGACCGACUCCUCGCAGCCCGUGGAUCAAAUCCUGGCGGCGGCGCAGGCGGCCGUGGAGCGCGUGUACGCCAACCGCUCGACCGAGUGGCUGCGGCAGCGCUACUACAAGUCCAUUGAGCGCCGCCUGCCCGUGCCGCCGCCGCCACCCGCACUAGCGGAGGGCCCAUCGCUGAACCAGCAGGCCAAGGUGGCGAUCGGCGUGGGCGCGGGCGUGGGCGGAGCUAUCAUCCUGUGCGGCGCCGCGGCACUGGUUUGGGUGCUGCUGCUACAUUCGGCAGGCGGCGGCGGGCGCGGCGGUUGGCGCGGCGGGCGGGCGUACGUGCCCUACCCCAGCAGCACGUGCACCCUGGUGGUGACCGACGUGCAGGGCAGCACGGUGUUGUGGGAGGCGCUUCCGGGGGACCAGAUGCAGGCGGCGCUACAGACACACGACGCCGCCACGCGGCGCAUGCUGGCAAAGCACGGCGGCUACGAGAGCGCGACCGAGGGUGACUCGUUCAUCAUCGCCUUCCCGGACGCACUUUCGGCAAUAAAAUUUGCCUCAGAGCUGCAGACGGAGCUGGCCUCUGCGGAAUGGCCGGACGUGCUACUGGCGGAGGAGUCGUGCAGGCCCGUGUACGCGGUACCCAGGACGGCCAAGGAGGCGAACGAGAUGUUGCACGGCCGUUUGGAAUCCUCUCGCAGCGGCGCCCUCGCCAACAGUCUCAUGAUAGGAGGCAGUCGCACGGUACCCGGCAGGCCUGCGCCGGCUUCAGCCCCCGCUUUGUCUUAUGGCUUCGGCAGCGGCGGCGCAGCUGCAGGCGGCGGCGGCGCGGGCGGCAUUGGCGCGGGCGGCAAUGGCGCGGGCGUCGGUGUCGGCGGCGGCGGCGGCGGCAUUGAUGACGGCCUUGCGUCCCUGUCUCGAGUCUCGCGAGGCUCUAGUUGCAUCUUUGCGAGCCAGGUUAGCGAGCUGCCGGCAGCCGGCGGAGGCGGAGGCGGAAGCUACUCGCGGCAGGCAGGCAACGUCAAUAUCCGCAGCGGCGGCGGCGGCGGCGGCGCGCUCUCGCGCCCGGGCAGCGCUGCUGCACUUCAGCUGAGCAGCACGUACGGAGACCUGACGACGGUGGAGGUGGAUGUGGCGGCGGCGGCGGCGGCGGCCGCGGCCGCGGCGGCGGCGGCAGCCGUGUCGAUCCGCCGGCCGCGGAGCGCGGCGUCACUGCCGCAUGCCGCCAGCUUGUCAGCGCUGUCGGCGGCGGCGGCGGCGCCGCUGCUAGCGCACACGCCGCACGCAGCGACGGCGGCGCCGUCCCCAGUCGCACGCUCCAAGUCGCGGAUGCUGCUCGGGCUGGGGCAGCAGGGGUCGGUUGCUCCGUACGGCGCCAGUAGUGCCGUGAGCGGCGCCAGCGGCGGCACGGCGGGGGCAACCGUUGGGACGGGAACCGGGCGGGGCACGGGGCCAGUGUCGGGAGGAACGGCGGCGCCUGUGCCCGUCAGCACGCUUGCCGCCGCCUCAGCAACCGGCGGCUACAGCGGCGGCUUUGCCCGCGGCCGUUUCACAGGUUUCAACAGCGCCGCUUCCCAACGGGCGGUGGCAAGGACUGGGCCGGUCACUUCCCAGGGCAGUCCCAGCAGCGGCGGCGGCGGCUGUGGUGGUGGUGGUGGUGGUGGUGGUGGUGGUGGCGGUGGUGGUGGUGGCGGUGGUGGUGGUGGUGGUGGUGGCGGUGGUGGUGGUGGUGGCGGUGGUGGCGGUGGUGGUGGCGGUGGCUCGCCGCGGCCAACGCCGUCUUCCGCGACCUCGAUGCUGGUGGCUGCGGCGCUGGCGGCGGCGUCUCCGACAGCGGUGAUGCCUGGCGGAGGCCGUGGCGGAGGCGGCGCAGUUAGCAGCAGUACUGCGAGUCACAUCACCACGUGGGGUGAUCUGCCAGAACUGCCGUUGCGCAGUGGCGAGCUGGUGCUGGAGGGUGCCCCCGGUGCCAGCUUUGUAAAGGCAGUCGGCUCGGCGGCGGCGGCGCCUGCGGCGGCGGGCGCAGCUCGCCAGCAUGCCUACUCCCGGCUAAAUCCGCGGUCGGCAGCUGAGCCGUCGGCGGUUGUGUUGCAGUCGCAAGGCAGCGGCGGCAUCUCGGCCGCCGUCGCUGCAGCGGUGGCGGGCUCGGUCGGGCGUCCGUCUCCUCUCUCCGCGAGCGCCCGCAACGCCGGUUGUGCGAAUGUGCGCGUGCUGCCGCCGCUGCCGCCGCCGCGGCUUUCCAACACGGGUGCUGAUGGGAGGAGUGGCAGCUAUGUGGCGCUGCUGUUGGCAGCGAUGUCGACGGGUGGCCGCGCAGGUGGCGGCGGCGGUGGCGGCGGCGGCGGCGGCGGCGGCGGCGGACCAGGGCCGCUGCCUGCUGGCUGGGGCACUGGCGGCGACAACGCGGCAUCAGAUCGAAUGCUGUUGCCGACACUCACUGGAGUGGAUAGCCCGUUCACGGGGCCCUGCGACAGCGGCGAGGGCGGACACAACAGCGGAAUGCUGGCGGCGCCGCCGCCAGUGUCAGCGACGGCGCCGGCAGAGUAUGCCAUGCUUUCCUCGGACGCAUACGCAAACGGGGGCCUGACCUCAGGAUUCAACAUCCCGGCGUCAUCCUCCGCUUGCCUGGCUCCCCGGAUGCCUUGCAGCAACGUUAGCGUCAGCACGCGCAACGUCGUCGCCGCCGCCGCCGCCGCCGCCGCCGCCGCCGCUGCUGCUGCCGCUGCGGCGCACAGCAACAGCCUCCCCGCCGGGGGCAGCAGCAUCCUGGGCCAAUGGAACGGCGCACCCUCAGGCGUGUACGGCAUCCUGCCAGGCAACGGCGCGGCUGGCGGCGACGCUGCCGCCGGCGACGCUGCGCCGUUGAGUGUGUGUAGCCCGGCUAGCAACACGGGCGGAUUUCUGCUUGGGAUCUCAGCUGGCGGCGCCGCGGCGCCGGACUGUGGUCGCGCGGCGGCGUUGCCGGCAGGUGCUGCCACUGCCGGUAGUGGCUGCUGCUGGCCAUACAGCCGGGAGGUGUGUGUGGCAUGGCAACUGUUGGAGGGGGUCAGCGGCCCGCCGCCGACAGGCGCCGUGCUCGUGUUCAGGGGCUUGCGCGUUCGCGCGGGUCUGCACUCCGGCGUGGGCUCAGCCGAGCUGGCACAGAACCGCGCCUCCGCUCGCGUCACCUUCAGCGGCACUUGCAUCCGCCUGGCCAAGGCAGUGGCUGACAGCGCCUGUGGCGGCGCGGUGGUGCUUUCUGACACGGCGGCGGGGCUGCUGCUUGCGGUGCCGGAGGCGGCGGCGGCGCUGGAGGCGGCGGGGCUGGGGCUGUUGCACCUGGGGCGGGUUGAGCUCCAGGACAGCUUGCGCCAGGUUGAGCUGUUCCAGCUCCACAGCGCGGCGCUGGCACCGCGGCUGCUGCUGCAACCAGCGGCGCUGCGUGUGCGGCGGCAGCUGCUGCGGGGCGUGCUGGCGGCGCCUGCGGGCUGCGUGGCGCUGGUGCGGUUGCACAUUGCGGGGCUGGGCCUGUUGCGAGCUACUGAGCCCGCACUGGCAGCCGAGGUGACGUGUGUGCUGGAGUCGCUGCUGCUGGAGACGCUGCCGGCGCUGGGCGGCUACCUGAGCGAGGCGCGCGACGGCGGCGCUGACGGCCUCGUGGCGGCGUUCCCGGAGCCGCUGAGGGCGGUGGCGUGGGCGCUGUGCGUGCAAGCCGACAUGCUGACGUGGGACUGGUCGCCGGAGCUGCUGUGUCACGAAGCCUUCGAGCCCAUUCACGUGGACACCCGCACCAACGGCGUCCUGCACACGCCCGCGGCCGGCACCGCGCCCGGCGGGCCGACGCGACAGCAGCGACAGCAGCAACCCCGGCAACCGCGGCAGCAGCGGCAAGGCUCUUCAGCCCUCGCCUCGCCGCGCGCCACCCAGCCGCCCGCCUCCGUCGCGUCGCCGCUGCGCUUCGGCGCCGCCGGAGGCGCCGCUAGCGGCGCCACUGGCGGCGGCUCCGGCGCCGUGGCCCCCUCCGGCAGCCGCAGGGCGCUCCUGGGCGCGCCUAGCGCUCGCGCCCUGAGGCGGGCGCUGGGCAGCAUCAGCAGCCGCAGCAAGCGGCUGACGCUGGAGGGCUAUGUCGAGCCAUCGGCUCCCAGCCUGCUCCAUCCAGCCGGCGGCCCUCUUGCCGGCGCCUCCCCACGUGCAACCGCAGGUGGCGGCGGCGGCCGUGGACUGGGCACCACGGGCGGGUACUUCAGCAUGCUAUCUUCAGAGUCAGGCGAGGUGGGCGGUGGCGGCUACGCCGCCGGCCUGGCCGGCGGCUUGUUGGCGGCGUUUGGCGGCGGCGGGCUGGGCGCGGGAGGCGGCAGCGCCCGAAGCCGCAGCAGCCGCCCGCACUCGGGUGCGGCCAAGCGCUUGUUCAGGCAGCUGUUCACCGGCGGGCAGGCUGCCAAAGGCGCCAGCACAAGUGGUGGUGGUGGUGGUGUGGAUGAGGAAGCGGCAGAGACAGCGGCGAUGUUUGCGGCGGCGGCGGCCCUCCCCGACUCAGAGCCAACGUCGCCGCGGCGGCACACCCUAAGCCCAGAGCUGACUGCACUGCCCUCCGUUGCGGAAGGCAUCGGGAGGGCGGGCUUGGCGGCUGCGCAUGAUGCGAGGGACGGCGCCGGCGGCAGCUCGUACACCGCUGGUGCCAGCGGCAUCGGCCCUACCGACGGCGUCUUGCCAGCGCAGCAGCUGCGUCCGCCGGCGUCGCCUUCACCGCAGCAGGCCCCGGGGUCCGGUGUUGCAUCCGCUUCCGUCGCUCUGGCUUCCAAGCCGCCCUCGGGAGAUGUCGGAGAGUUGCUCCUGCCAGCCGUGGCAGCCGCUGAGCUGGAGCUUGCAGCCGCCGCGGCUAGCGCCGCCGCCGCUCCCGGCCUUGCUAGCGGCACCCAGCCUGCUGCGGCGGUGGGCCCUGACCCGCACGUCGACAUCCCCACCGCGUCCAUGCGUUCCUCCGGCCGGCUCACCACCGCCGCCAGCGGACCCAUCAGCGCCGCCACUGGCAGCGCCGCCGCCGCCGCCGCCGGCGAUGCCGCCGCGCUGAGCCGCGAUCCAUUGCCCACAGGCGAGGGGGCAGCGGCAGCGCAGGCGGCAGCUGCAGGGCUCACCAGCGCUACAAGCAAGCAGGCGCAGACGCCAGCAGGCGCCGUCCAGAGGCAGCAGCAGGGCAGCCAGCAGGGGCUGGUGGGGGUGUCGACGCUGUUCCGCGGGCCUCGCACGAAGGCGGCGGUGGACGUCGGGCCGCUUGGCACCGAGCUCUGCCGCGCCACGGGUCGCCUGCUGUACCGCGGCCGUAUCGCCAAACAGCUUGCCAAGCUCACGUCGCUCGCGCAGCGCGGCCAGGUCCUGUGCACGCCAGCCGUGUUUGCAGCUGUGGACGGGCGCUCUGCCGCCUCCUGCGGUAUCAGCAUGGCUCCCGUGCAGCUGUCAGCAGCAGCUGCCGCAGCCGCGGCAGCGGCCGGCGGCGUCACGGGAGCGGCCGUGCGCCGCGGCGGCGGCGCGAAGGCCGCUCGCGGCGGCGGCGCAGCUGGCGGCGCUUCCGCCACCAUUGCGGAGGAGCUGGCGGUCGACGGCGGGGCGUUUGGUGCUUCAGCCGCAGCCGCUACUGCCGCGGCUGCUGGCUCCAGCCGCCGGGAGACCUUGUACGUGUGCACGCUGGACCCCGCAGUGACAGAGGCCGCGGCGGCGGCGGUGCAGCAGCAGCAGCAGCAGCAGCAGCAGCAGAAGCAGCAGCAGUAGCAGGCUCUGUACUAAGACCAGACAGGGGCCUGCGUCUAGAUAACGGUUUCCUACAUUCCGUGCCCAUGCACGCUCGGAUGUGUCUUUCAAUAUCAACUCGGUGCGCUUUGCUAUGAUUAUUGCUGUUGCGUGGCUCACUUUACGGCAAGUUGUGUUAUCACGGAUUGCUCGCGACACGGCUAUGGCUUCAUGCGGCAGAAAGUCCGUAGGGGUGAUAGGCACGGGUCCAGGCAUGGUCGCGGUUGCGAGUUGGCAGUCACGUUGCAGGUGCGGCUGUGUUUGCCGGCUUCGCACCAGCACCGGGGGCCUGCACUGCAUCACGUCCUGCUGCAACUCUUCACGCAAUGCCAGGUUUCGUGCGUCGCUAGGCAUGAAUGUCGCUUCCAAGCAGCACAAAAGGGAGGCCUCCUGGGUGUGCCCUCUGUACGCCGCCACCGAGGGCUGGAGCUUUGCCCCAGCAUAACAUGGGGUGGCCUCCGUUGUUUUCUGAGUGGCGUACGGUGAUGUGUAUUAGGACGGAAACGAAUCGCCCGUUGUGCAUAUGUGUGUGUGUGUGUGCGUGUCGCUUUGCAUGUGUUUGUGUUCACAACAACGCAAGAAAGGGUGUGCUGCUAGAAGUACUGCUGUUGACAAUUGCUUCCCUAAUAUGUGAAUGUGGGCAAGGCGUUGGGCGAGGGGGCAAACCCGCGAGCCCAGCAUGCUGGUGUGUCAAGCUUACCGGAUUGUAUGUUGUAUGUGCGUGGUUGGCUAUAUAAUAACAAAGAGUUGUUUCUGUUCCCAUUCGCGUGCAGAUGACUCGAAAGUGUGUGACGCAGCCGAAUGCGUGGCUCGGGCACUGUACAUGGUAAGAUUCGGUUUUGCGGAUUCUGUCUGUUUGUCGUCGUGCAGGGUGGCAGCACCUGCUGUGUAGGUGUGGUGUGCAACAUCGCUGCCGGAGCUGGGAAGUCAGCGCACGGGUAGGGUAGGACGGUGGCUGGGCACUGCAUUUUGAGAGUGUCAUUGCUAGGAGACACAGCAGGCUUGGUCUGUGAAAACGCAGAGCUUUGUAUGCGGGCGCCCUUCCUGAGUGGAGUGCGUUGGGAGCGCACCUGCGGUGCUUUUGCAGGUCAGGAGGUUUCAGAAGAAACACGCAUCAGAGGGAACAAAGGUGCGCUGCAAGGAUAUGUAGUACACAACGGUGUCCUGGGCACCUCGCUGGGACCCCAGAUUGAAACCCUUUUGUCUCUGUUAUUUGUCGGAUGCAUGGUCAACGCGUUCUGCGCACCAAAUGUACGCCGAAUUAAGUUGACAAGGCAAGCUGGCUUCCGUAGAUAUUUGCGUGCAUGCAUGCGAGCCCUCGAUAAGAUUCUUGGAGGAUGGGCUCAAGGUGGUAGGUGCCGCAUGCUUUUCGUGAGGCAGGUGCGUUGGUUGGGGCAGCUCCGGCUGAGGCGACUUGCUGUGCAUUUGCUGCGGGGCGCUGGGUGGGGCAGCGCAUUGUACUACAUUGUAGACAUGGCUGGUGGCAUGGACGAAGAUGGCUGGGAAUGCGACAGUACAAGACGGAACAGUCCGAGUUAACAGCUGCUGCAGCUACUAGCAACGCACGUCAAUAAUAGUGAUGCCCCAUGGUGUGGUCAGACCGUCAGACAUGCGGACUGCAUCACCCUGCUGUCACCCAUCUCCCUGGUACGGUACCUCCUCACUUUCAAGCCGCACCACUGCCAAUCGCCCAUGACUAUUACCAGUCUAGCUACCACCAUCCUCGGCAGCGCUGGCCGCUUCGGUCGCCCAGGCCAAAGCGCUCAUCACGGCGCAGCAGCGGGCCGCCGCCGCAGCCGCCGCCGCCAAAGCCACCGCCGCAAUACUGUCUGCCGCUCUGAACGCCGCCGGCAAGGUGGCAUUGGUCCUUGACGGAGCCAUGGCCUCCGCUGCGGUACAGGUGGGCGCGGCACACGUUCCUCUGGUUCUUUCAUCAGCAGUUACACAGGUCAGCUGGAAGCAGCUGCGCAGUGCAGCCAAGGCCGCGGGGUGCCCGCACGAGGAGGAAGAUGAUUAGAUGGCAGCAGCGUGCGUGCCUGUGGUGGCCAUGGUGGUGGGUGGCACGGUUGCGUUGAUUGCCAUUAGGGUGCUUCGUGUGGUGAUGAUGAAGCUCAAGAAGAGCAACGCGGUGGCGGCGGGUGGCUCGGUGGAGCACGAUGGAGGUCAAGUAAGAUGGGAAUUCCUCGGCUCCGGACGAAUUGAAUUCAUGGGAUGUUAUGUCCUCGCCCCUGGUCCCACUGGCAUUGAGUGCAAACCCCUAGCAUGAACUCUUAAUUUGAGCAGCUUCAUGUGCAAGGGCCGUCGCAAGGUAAACUCCAAACUGGGAAGACCGCGACAACAAUUAGGGUUCGUGUGCGCUCCCGUCUGACAAUAUCGCCAUUGACUUUCCGCUGCUCGGAGUUUGGAAAUGGAAUGCAGAGCGCUUGAUAUAUCGCAACUGACACAGUGGUGCAAAUUUCGGGGUUUGUGGCUUGACCUUCGACUGUGAUGGAUUGUGCGCUGGCAAAGUUGACUGAGCUCUCCAAGGCCUGGACAGUGUGAUGGAUUAAAUGACAUUCAGUGUAUCAUCUGGUGACUUGAUUUCGUGGGGAGGCAUGAAAGGCAGUACUACGCAAUGGGGCCUCUAAGGACAAUCA